UUCAUCAUUCUGUCUUAGAUUCUUAGCUCCCAAUUCUCCCAAUUAAAUGAUGACAGCUAAGCCUGGAACCUCUGAACGACCCGAUGCUACGGUAUAACAUUGCUUCGUGCUGCUUAAGAUGAACGGCCUCGCAUCUGAGCCGCCGUCCUUAGAUGAUGCCUACUAUGACCCAAUCCAGCAUCUUAAUCUUCUCUUCGCUCAUCCCUCAACCGUAUCCUCCAUAAGUCGCGUAUCUUCGACCCUACAAUCCCAGCACAAUGACCUCUCCGCCGAGAUCUCGAGCCUCCAGACGGCUCAGGCCUACGGGCCCGACUCUUCCCUCGAACGCAUGCAAUCCGCCCAGGCCGAGCUAGCAGGUCUCUUUAAGAAGAUCGAGACUGUGCGCUCGCGCGCUAUCCAGACCGAGCAGAAUAUCACGUCUAUGACUGCCGACAUUAAGCGACUAGAUGGCACGAAGCGGAAUCUGACGCUCUCUAUGACGGCCCUGAAGCGCCUGCAGAUGUUGACCACGGCGUAUGAGCAACUUAGGGGCCUAGCUAAGACGAGACAGUACAGGGAAUGUGCGAGUUUGCUACAGGCGGUGCUACAGCUUAUGCGCCACUUCAACAGCUACAGAAGCAUUGACCAAAUCGCCACGCUCAGCCGAGGUGUAGGCGAGCUGCAGAGGGAAUUGCUAGAACAAGUAUGCGAGGAUUUCGAAAUAGCAUUCGCCAAAGGGGAAGUUAGCUCUAGGAAGGCAACGCUGGUCGAGGCUUGUGGAGUCAUGGAUGCGCUCGGGGAGAAUGCGCGGGCGAGAUUGGUAGCGUGGUACGUAAACACCGAACUGAGGGAAUACCGCCAGGUUUUCAGGGGCAACGACGAGGCUGGCAGUUUGGACAAUAUCGGGAGACGAUAUGCUUGGUUCAAGAGGAUGGUGAAGGGUCACGAGGAAGAACACGCCGGCAUCUUCCCGCCGCAUUGGAGGGUUGGCGAGACGCUCGCCAUGGCCUUUUGCGACGGUACGAGAGACGACUACAAGGGCAUAUUGGAGAAGAGCAUGAGGAGUAUGGGCGGCGCUAAGAUCGACGUUAAUCUAUUGCUGGGUUGUCUUCAAGAGACUAUGGACUUUGAACAGACUCUCGAGCGAAGGUUUUCUAACGAGCCGAGGGCGAGUAUUGAUACACUUAGUUCGGCGGAUGAGAGGACACAAAGCUUCAAUGGGUCGAUAUCUGUCGCGUUUGAACCAUACCUAAGCCUAUGGGUAGAGUCUCAAGAUAAGGCACUGGCAGCUAUGAUGCCGAAAUACAAAACCCAACCAUUGCUACCUCCCGACGAAGAAUUUUCUACGCAAGCCGUCAUCAGCUCUGCAAUCGAGCUCUUCCACUUCUACAAACUCACCUUAUCUCAGUGCGCUAAGCUUUCGACAAGCGAACGAUUAUUGGACUUGGCGAAGAUAUUAGCUAAGUACCUUGAUGAGUACGCACAACAGGUGCUACUGGCGAUCCUGCAGAGACCUGCACAGACAGGGGCGUCGCUCAAUGAUAUCAUUCUGGUCUUAAAUACCGCGGAUUUCUGGCAUGCCAAUACGGGACAGCUGGAAGAGAAUAUCAGGAAACGCAUCGACAACGAGCUCGUGUCGAAAGUCGACCUAUCGUCACAAGCCGAUGCGUUCUUGGGUGUAGCUAGCGCCGCAGUUAUAGCCUUGGUUAACAAAGUCGAGGCAGAUUGCGAAGGUGCUUGGCGCGAGAUGAAGAACACGAAUUGGAGCAAGAUGGAGAGCGUGGGCGAUCAGAGCUCUUACGUCGGUGAGCUAGUCACUCACAUCAACUCAAAGGCAGAGGAAGUUCUUGCACUCGUGGUCAAGCAGCAAUACGCCCGUGCUUUUGCCGACAAGCUAGUGGAGCAUCUAGCAAAUAUAUACAUCAAUACCAUCGUCCAAUGUAGACCCAUUUCUGAAGUCGGCGCCGAACAAAUGCUACUAGACAAAUACGUUCUAACAAAAGCCCUCGAAAACUUACUCUCGCACCAUAAUCCAUCUACCACGCAACCGCCACAACCAUACGUUCCCCCGGCAGGCUUCGUCAAGCGCGUCAACGCAACAAUGACACGCAUCGAUCCCCUGCUGAAAACCUUACAAGUGCGGCCGAGCCCGCCCGAGGGCCUCGUCCAAGCGUACCUGAUCCACAUCGCCGACCGCUCCGACACCAACUUCCGCAAGGUGCUCGAGCUCAAGGGCAUCCGCAAGCAGGACCAGGGCCACCUCAUAGAGCUCUUCGGCAUCCACCGCGACGGGCCCAGCGCGGGCUCCAAGCUCGCCGCGCAGAGCCCGCUGCUCACGCCGCUCAUGACGGCGCCCGGGCUCGGCGGCGUCGGCGUCGGCGUCGGGUCGGGCAACUUGAACCUCAUGAGCAUCGACCGCCCCGCCGCGGCGCUGUCGACGGCGGCCCAGAGGUUCGACGCCGCGAGCCUUGGCGAGAAGCUGUUAAAUGCGGCUCGCGACGGGGUUGAGAGGAUUGGGACGCCGGCUUCGCACGAGGAGGGCGGCGCGGGUGGCAGUGGGAGCGGCAGCGGUGGGGCGGGGAAUAAUGCGGCGAGUAUUAAUGAGAAUUUGAAGAAUUUUGGGAAGUUCUUCAGACGGGAUAUAGGGGGGCUUGGCGCGAGGUUUGCGAAGAGGGAUGGGAGUGCUGAUGAGCAUUAGCUAGGUAGGUACGUAUGAGGAUGGCUGUGGAGAGUACGUCAGAUGGGGGUUUGGAAGGGAAGGGACGUGUCUAUUGAAAUUCGUUGUUAUUAUGCUGUAGGCGAAUUAUGAUGAGACUUAUGAUGUUCGAUUUUGCUUGAUUGAUG